AACGUGCGUAACGUGAGGUCGUUGUCGUGCGUGUGUUUGUUAGGGUUACGUUAGGUUUCUGUUGGAAAGUUUUAAAAACCUGAAAAAUGUUCAAAUGUUUCGGUUUUGGUUACUUCGCCUUAAUGCAGUGCUUUCUUUAGAGGGAAACUGGGAGCAUGUUCAACAUGUGUUCUGCACUAUUGCAGUAUAUAAUGCCUUUUUUCAGAAAACUGGAAUAGUCAACUUGAUGUAUUUUGUACUUUUCGGGUCACGGUAGAUUGAUUUGUUUACAUAAAGUUGAUUUGCUGAAGUCUUUGUUACAUGUAUUGGCACAUUAAGGUCGUCCAGGAUGUUUUUAAUAAUCCUUAAAGAGUUACAGACUCAUCCACCCACCUCUUACAGCUGCUGGUGUUUGUGUUUGUUACGUAACCGAAUAAAAGCGGAUGUUGCCAUUGAGAUCCAUUUUUUAAUUGACGGGAGUUGACGCGCUCAUCAUCACAUCACAUUAAGCUGUUGGCGCCACUUUGUUAAACGCUGCACAAGGCGCGCUGUUUAUACCCGAGUUACACUGUAAAAACUCGUGUUUAAGGAAAUGGUCGAUGGAAAAAUAAUUUCAGAUUUUUAAUUUUGAAAAUUUGAAACGAAGUUUUUGUGCUGAUGGAGCACAAAUGGAGCUUUUAAGUUUACACUUCCUCGUGCGUGCUUUGAAUGGACAGCCAGUGAAUCAGUGUUUUCAGUGUAGCCGAUCUCCACAUUGAAACCUGUGGAGAUUUACAGCUUACAAACAUGCACAAGCUGAAAAGUUAUGCCUCCUAUUAAAAAAAAAAAAAAAGAAAAGAAAACGGGCACAAUAUUGGAUGUGUGUAUGAUAAAUCGAUUUGUAGUUGCAUUUAUAAUCAGCGAGUCAAUAAGAAAAAACUAUCAAUCAGAGUUUGAAGGCUUAAAUUUACAUUUCCCCACGGUGUUUCAGUCUCUCAUUAAACUGCGAUGUGACCUUUCAGUGAUGGAAAGUGCUUUUACUCAAGUGUUUAGUGUGUAGUGGUGUUUAGAACAUUUUUGAGUAAAGCUUAGCGUGACCAUUCCCAUUUUAAGUUACUACAUCACAGGGAAACAAUGUGGCUUUUUCUCCACUGCAUUUAUGUAUUUAACUAUAAUGGUCCAGACUGGAAGUUUCUCGCCUGGAGGAGUUGGAAAUAAUCCAUUGCAUCAAUUUCCUCUACACUCCCCUGCCUCGUAUGGUCCUCCAGCUAAGGUGCAUCUAGUGUAGUUAGUGAAGUAGUUCAGCAUCUACUGCCCUAGUUGCUCCUUCUGGCUGGAGGGCUUGUUAUUCAGGGUGUGAAAUAUUUCUCACCACACUUGCCCUGCAGGAUACUCUGUCAGUGAUGAAAUGCCUCAUGUCUUUUUAAUUUUUAACAACACUAAUAACACACUUUAAAUGUUGCAGCCUGAAUUUAAAGAAACAAUUGAAAGAAAUCUUUGCUGGUCGCACGGCUGUCAUACAGAACAAAGUGUUAACUUCAUUAUUGCAUAGUCUGUUUUUUUUCAAUUCACUCAAUUAACUUUCAACUACCUUCUCAAUUAUACAGCUGCUUAGACUGUGCAAGAGCUCAAGGUAACAUUGAUGUAUUUCUUGUUUUCUGUGACCAAUGAAACAAAACACACAAAGAAAGUCAGUUCACCGUGAUGAAAAAGAGAGAAGAUCAGCAAAAUCACACUGUAUUUUCCUUGAUAAUUGAUCAUAUUGAUAAUUUUCUGAUGCAGUAUUUGAUUAGGCUACUUGUUUCAACAGCACAACAUUCAAGAACAUGUAAUUAUGCAAAAUUAAAGCAUAGACCAAUUUCUAAAACUCAAAUGUAUGGUGAUAUACAGGAGGCUUUUUACGUGCAUGAUAAACUAAUAUAGCAUUAUUUUUCAGUAUGACAUCACUGUGUAGCUGAGAGUGCACUGAUGCAGUCAACAUUUGAGGAUCUUGUUUAAGUGCAUGAACAGGAAGGUGAAUAAAUUGCUGUUGACUUGUAAGACAUUUCUUUACAUUCAUCAGUGUGUCUGUGCGCCGGUGACAAGUUCCCCGUCAGGUAUCUUUUAAUGACUCAUGACUUUCUGACUCUUUAAGCUGAACAUGUUGUUGACUCUGCAGUUCAAAAGUGCUCACAGUGCAGGUAGUACACACUCAUCUACUGCAGUUUGUGCACUUCAGGUAUUGCUGGUCACAUUCCCUCAUGCCUCAGACUGAGUUUCUGGUAUUUGAAGCUGGAAGUCUGCUGGGUUUACAGCGAGUUUUGUUGGUUUGCUCUCAGCUUCUGCCAGUCUCUGCUGUGCAAAUCCAUGCAAAGCUCUCUGUUUCUCAGACACGCAGCCAAAGGAAGAGAUAUAUGGGUUUUGUGUUCUCUUCUUCCAAGCUUUGAUGAACACUUGAAAGAGUGAAAAUCUCAUUCACCGUAGGCACAUGAGAGCAGCUGUUGUUUUUUUCCUCCUCUGUUUGCAGUCAUGUUUGACUCAACAGGCCUCUUAACAUUAAGUUUCUUUGACUUUGCUCUUUGUCUCGCUGUUUUCGGGUGGAUGACUCCGCAAUUUCAACACUUGACACAUUGAAAGAAAUUGCACAGUAUCCAUCUGCAAUCCGCCAGAUGUUGUGAACAGCUACGCAUUCAUUAGGUUGCGCUAAUGAGUGUAGAGAUGUUUUAGAGGCGCUGCAAAACAGAUGUGCUUUUCUCUGACUUAAUGAAGUUUUUGCCAGUCUGCAGAGAGGAUGAGUUACAAAUGUUGGCCUCUGUGGUGUCUGAUAUGGAAACUGAACACUAGAUGGCACCAUUUAGACUUUAUUGUCUCUUUGGCGCUGAGUGGAAGUGAAGUGACUGUCCACUUAGGAUGAGAAAACGAUGAAGAAAUAAUCAGUUUUAUAUGAGAUGUCGUCAAGUAAUGUUACUGAAUGAGAUUUAUGGGAUUAUUAAAGAUAAGAUGUGACUGGUUAUGUUCAAUUUUGCAUGUAUUGUGCAGUUCUUCACAUUGUUUCUAAUGUUUUCUGUUCACUUUCUCCAUGUGACUGAAUAAUAAAAGCAAUUUUUUAGCCUACACACUCCGCGUAUGUCAUUUUCAUUAUAAUAUAUGUGCACCUCGUGGCCACAUGACUCUGUUCGGGAACUGUGGUUUCUGCGCCCUAAUUGCAUCCUAUAACAUACACUGCUAUCCAUCUAUCACGACAACAGCUGGCGCACUGCAUGAAUCCCCUCCUUAUAUCGCCACUCCUGCAGCCGCACAGAACCAAUGUAUCAGCUCGCAUCACUACUGCUAAACGAGAGGGGAGAUCUCGUAAUACGCGCAGGUUCACGCCGUGGUGCGCGCUUUUGGAAGGAGCGCGCGCAUGUAUCCGGGGCUCGUUCAUCUGUGCAGCUAGCUGAGGAUUCAGUAUCGCAAGUGAAGAGGGACUCUUAAGUUCUCAGCAUCAGUGUAGCUUCACCAAGAGGCGCAGCCGAGCAGCUUUCCAUCAGGACGCACGGUUCAGGAGAGACAAAAAAAGAAAGGAUGCUGAGCCGAGCAGAUCCUGGAGCUGCAGCUUCAUCUCUUCAGCGCAACCGCGGGAUCCUCCUGUAACUUUUAAUGUGCUGAAGUUAAUCUCAGCUCUUUUGUUGCUCUGCUGUGUCCGGUUCGGCUGAGUGCUGCUCCUCUGCCAUGGUUGGUUCGUCAGCCCACAGUGCGCUCUUCCUGUGCGCCUUUCUCCAGCUGUUCCCCCUGCCCGGCGGACAGGUGCCAAACUGCCAGGAGGUGCGCACAGUGUUUCAGUCUCUGCACCCGGGCUCCAAAUGGGUCCCCGAAACCCCGGUGUCAGGUUCAGAUCUGCAGGUUUGCCAAACCAAAGGCCCGACCUGCUGUUCCAAGAAGAUGGAGGAACGGUAUCAGGUAGCCGCGCGCAGCAACAUGGAGUCUGGUCUGCAGGUUGUUAGUGCUCAACUCAAACGCCUCAUCAUCCAGAACGCUGCCAUAUUCCAAGAGGCCUUUGACCUGGUGCUGCGCCACGGCCGUAACUCCACCCUUGCCAUGCUGAAGUCAGAGUUCCCAAGUCUUGCAGGUGGGGCCCAGAGCCUUGUGGGGCAGCUCUUCCUGGACAUGUCUCUCUACAUCCUUGGCUCAGACUCCACAGUGGACCACAUGGUGGCGGUGCUCUAUGGCCGCCUCUUCCCCCUCGCAUACCGCCGCAUUCUGGGGGGCAGCGUGUCGUCUGUGUCUGAGGAGUGUGUAAGAGGAGCCUGGAAGGACUCAGGAGCAUUUGGCCCUUAUCCCAAACUGAUGAUGACCCGUCUGUCUCGCUCCCUCCUGGCCACACGAGUCUUCCUGCAGGCGCUGAACCUGGGCAUCGAGGUUGUCAACACAACUGACCACCUGCGGCCCAGCCGGGACUGCAGCCGGGCCCUGCUGAGGCUGUGGUACUGCCCGCACUGCCAGGGCAUGCUGGGACCGCCCGCCUGCAGAGGCUUCUGUCAGGCAGUGAUGCAGGGCUGCCUCGGGGGAGCAGCCGAGGUGCAGCCUCACUGGAGUAGCUACGUAGACGGACUGGGGAAGCUGGCUGGUUCCAUGAGGGCAGAGAAGGACAUGGAGGCUGUUGUUCUUAGACUGCCUUCAAUGAUCAGACUGGCUCUUAAGCACGCUGUGAACUCACGCAGCCGCCUCAGCACCCUGGUGAGCGGGAUGUGUGGACACACUCCUCAGCGGGCCUCUCGCUCAGUCAGAUCUCCUCCUCCCCAGCCUCCUGCUGUCUCUGCAGCCCGCAACGCACAGCCGUCAUCCUCAGACUCUGAUGAGACUUUGGCUGGUCUCCGCAGGGAGUUCAUAUCCAACCUGAGGGGCUUCAGCUUCUUCUACAGUGGUCUUGGGGAGGCAUUGUGCAGCCGCGAGCCUGCUCCAGCGAACCACUCCCUCUGCUGGAAUGGGCAGGAGAUGACAGACAGGUUUCCCGGGCCUGGCUUGAAGCGACUACACCCCAGCUCCGAGUCCAGGAACAACAAGCCCCCUGAGCCAAUAAUCAGCCAGAUCAUAGACAAACUCAAACACAUCAACCAGUUGCUACGUCUUGUGGUAUCUGAGAAGCGCUGGAAAGCCCGGUCGCGUGGCGGCGGUGGAGUGGAUGGGUGGAGCGAUGAAGGGGAAGAGGGAUUCGAGAGCGGCGACUGCGACGAUGAAGACGAGUGCACCGGGGUGUCAGGGCUGGGGCCGCCACUGAGACGCAAGCGGUUGCGCAUCUUUGCAGACCUUGCUGAUAACCUGGCAAUGGACGACUUCACCUUCCAGGAGCAGCUGCUGACCCCUCGGUUGGCUACAGCCGGUGUCGGAGGCGUCUCCUCACCUGCGGCUCCACUCUGGAGGAACUAUCUGGUCCCGACGCUCCCUAUGACGCUUGCUCUGAUCCUGAUUUGUCACCACUGACCAGUGAACUCACGCUCUCACUCUCCCAUCACCUCUUUACCUUAGGAUUCAAUACAAACUCUGUGGAAAAAACUUUUGUAAAGUUCUGGUUCCUGAUGUAAAGUGCAGUGGGUCAUCAAAGGAAGCAUGAGCAACAGAAAAUGCUACAUUUCUCAUUAUCUGUCUCAAAAAGAACUUGUUUUGUUUUAUUAAAAAUCACUGGAUGUUCUCAACAAACCUAUUAAAGCACACCAGAUAAACCCAUUGUGUAAAUAAGAAACCUGCCCUCUGGUCUACUCCCACUAUGGUUGUUACAACUUUUGUGCUCCUGCCUCACCUCCACUUUGCUCUCAUACUGAUCCCCAUCUUUAGUCAGCUUUGUCAUAGCCUUACAAGUGAGGAGCCACUUGGAAAACAGACACACAAAUGACCCUUUUAAAAUGUUUCCACACCAGUCUGCAACAAGUUACUGCCCUGCAGGAACAAGCUGGAGGAAGAGGAAAGCUUCUUCCACGGCAGUUAAUGAUCUCCUGUCAGGAACAGACCUCAGCUGGUUGCUGGUUUAGUGAACAUCUUAUACCAGAAGGCUGAGGUGAAACCUACAUUUAAAGAUGCACUGUACCUUCAAAUGCUCUGUUGCCACUUAAAUCCCCUUCUUCCUCUCUCAUUGUUUGUGUCCUAGUGAUAGCUAUGUUAUUCCAGACUGAUCCCCUCAGCCGUCAGUGUUUGCUUUAUUACGUAACACUGAUGAUUUUCUAAACAGUAACAGCCCUAUGAUCAAUCAAAGACUCAAGGGCUAUCAACAGAGUCUCAAAAUCAGCCUGAUAAUUGUACAGAUGUAUGUGUCUCUGUGUUGGUGCCAUGUUUACAAAAAUAUGUUGAUUUACAAUAUUGACAUAUUUCACAAGAAAUGUGGUUUGUGGACUGAAUUAUUGGCUAGACUGUGAAGCAUUGCUGCAUUUCUAGCUUAUUCACUGGGGGUAAAGCGAGGAGUAAUGUGAAAUAUAAAUAUGUGUAAAAAAUAUGUGUAAAUUAAUUUAUUUAUGUUGGAUUGCACUGGGCUCAUACAUUCUAAAAUUCUUACCUUUGUAUUGAAUUAUUUGUCCUUGGAUGUUUUAUUUAAACCAGAAGUCAGAUUUUUUUAAUUGUUUGUUUAAUUUUGUUUGAUUUAAAAAAAAAAAAAAAAGGAAAUGUGGUGAAAACUGGAUUCCAGCUCCCUUGUUGUUGAGAAUGGGGGACAUGUGAUGGAUGUGUGGAAAGACACUAAUUAAAAGCUGGAAAUGUGUCUCCUGCUGCCACCCAGCUGACUUCACAGCUGUGAGUGUUGACUGUACUCACUCCAGACUAUUUGACUUGUCAUAUCAGGUGAAGCACAGCCGUAACUAAUAACAGUAACAAUGGCUCUGUUCCAUGUAUGUGUGCCAGCAAGUCAUGUCCGUGGUCCAGCAUGCAGAGCACCGGGGUCCUGACACUGGAACACAUAAACAGAAUGCAGCCCUAAUUAAUGUUAUUAGUUAGAGAGAGGUCUGUUGUGACCUGUCAUCCAGGCCGAUGGCAGAGCCAGGAAUGGAGGUCGAUACAAACAAAGCAGCAUGUGAGAUAAAGUUGAAUGUUGAUGGAGAAGGUAUAGUGUAAAAUAAACUAAACAUGUUUUACUGUU